AUGACAAUUUAUAGUUUAUACAUUUUCGAUCGUCACUGCCAAUGUAUUUAUUUUCAAAACUGGACUCACCCGACUACAACAUUCACAACAGCUUCAUCACGCUUUUCUACAUCCAGUGCUACUUCUAAUCCGCUCACUACGAAUACAACUGCUUCUAUGACUCAUACUACAAAUACAAUAACGAAAUCGUUGAACGCUGAUGCCAAUACACUUCACUCACAUCAAGGAACCACAACCAAUUAUAUGACACAACAAAGUGGAGUUGCAGCAGGGAGCGUUAUAUCGCUAGAGGAGGAAGCCAAAUUAGUCUAUGGUGUUAUCUUAUCUCUACGUAACUUUGUACGUAAAUUAAGUGGCACUCAAGACGGAUUCAUUUCUUAUAGAACUUCUGCUUAUCGUUUACAUUAUUACGAAACACCUACUGGCCUCAAAUUCGUCCUCAAUUCAGAUCCUGCAACAGAAAACUUAAGAUACGUAUUAAAGCAGAUUUAUAUUCAACUUUACGUGGAAUUUGUAGUGAAAAAUGGAUUGAUGCGAUUUGAUGAUACUCGCUGGGAAAUAAGAAAUAUAUCCAAUGAAUUGUUUAGAGUGGCUGUAGAUCGGUUUAUUCGUGGGUUAAAGUUUUUUGAUUAG